AUGACGCUGUUACCUGUCUUGGAGCCGGGAGACAAGCCUAGGAAAGCAACAUGGUACACCUUGACCCCUCCUGGAGACAGCCCUUGUGCUAGGGUUGGCCACAGCUGCUCAUAUUUACCCCCAAUCGGUGAUGCCCACAAAGGGAAGAUCUUCAUUAUUGGGGGAGCAGAUCCAAACAGGAGCUUCUCAGAUGUGCACACCCUGGAUCUGGGUACACACCAGUGGGAUUUAGACACCUGGGAGGGCCUCUUGCCCCGGUAUGAGCAUGCCAGCUUCAUUCCCUCCUGCACACCUGACAGCAUCUGGGUGUUUGGAGGUGCCGACCAGUCAGGAAAUCGAAAUUGUCUACAAGUACUGAAUCCUGAAACCAGAAUCUGGACCAAACCAGAGGUGACCAGCCCUCCACCAUCCCCAAGAACUUUCCACUCAUCAGCAGCAGCCAUCGGAAACCAGCUCUAUGUCUUUGGAGGUGGAGAGAGAGGUGCUCAACCUGUGCAGGAUGUGAAGCUACAUGUGUUUGAUGCAAACACUCUGACCUGGUCACAGCCAGAGACACUUGGAAAACCCCCAUUGCCCCGGCAUGGUCAUGUGAUGGUGGCAGCAGGGACAAAGCUCUUCAUCCAUGGAGGCUUAGCAGGGGACAGAUUUUAUGAUGAUCUCCAUUGCAUUGAUAUAAGUGACAUGAAAUGGCAGAAGCUAAGUCCCACUGGGGCUGUUCCCACAGGCUGUGCUGCCCAUUCAGCUGUGGCUGUGGGCAAGCAUGUGUAUGUUUUUGGAGGAAUGGCUGCCACAGGAGCACUGGACACAAUGUACCAGUAUCACAUAGAAAAGCAACACUGGACCUUGCUUAAAUUUGAUACUUUUUUACCCCCUGGACGAUUGGAUCAUUCUAUGUGUAUCAUUCCAUGGCCAGUAGUAUCUACUUCUGAGAAAGAAGAUUCAAAUUCUGUCCCUCUAAACUUUGAAGCUGAGAAAAAAGAUUUCACUGACAAAGGAAUAAGCCAAGAUGGUAACUCACAGGAAAGUCAGACUGAUAUACUGCUCUGUUUUGUGUUUGGUGGCAUGAAUACAGAAGGAGAAAUAUAUGAUGAUUGUAUUGUGACUGUAGUUGACUAAUAAAACACAUUUUAUUAC